GCUCUUGACUCUGUCGGACUAUCCCCGUGUCAGCUGAACAGCAUGACCCGUGUGACACUGGUGUCUGAGAGAUGGUGAAACCCAGCGAGCACUUCUCUCAAUGACAGUGACAUAAACAAGGUGAACAAAGUGUGUGAGGAUGCCAGCCGGUGUGUCUUGGCCUCGGUACCUGAGGAUGUUUGGAGCCAGUGUACUGGCCAUGUUUGCAGGAGCACAGGUCGUCCAUCAGUACUACCUACCUGAUCUGAGUAUACCAGAGAUCCCACCAAGGCCUGGGGAGCUUCAGACAGAACUGCUGGGAUACAGAGUCAAAGAAGAAGCUGAUGCUACGUUACAGCAGUUCAGAGCAGAACAAAAAGUGGACUGAGUUAUACAUCCUCUGUGUGAUGGACUCACAAUUGAGAAGACUUUAUCCAGUUUUUGCCAACAGCCGGAGGCUGAAGAAUGCCAGGGUGAACUUGGAUAUCAGUAAAUGGAGAUCUUCUGCGUUGGCCGGUUUCUUAUAAUGGAACAAAUGAGAGUGGAAUGUUGGAGUUUUGCUGCCCAAGACGAAGACCUUAUCUUUUCCAUCCAGUUGUAUCCAUCUGAUGUCAAUACAUCUUUUCAUCCUUUU